AUUUUGAUCCCACAAAGACAUGAAGUUAAAAAUUUGAAGAUUACUUUGGGAAUAGAUUUGUGUUACUCCUCUUGCUUCCAAAACGUCUAGCCCAAUUUCUUGGGUUAGAUUGACCGGCUUAACCUGUGAGGCGUUCUGACCCGACAAAAUAUAAAAAAGUUACCCCCUACGGCGUGCUCUACUCACCUUUGGCUUUUGCAGUAGAGCCUGUGCCCUGCAGUAACUCCAGUGAGUGUGAUAUUCCUGGUGUAGUCUGAAAAUGGUGUCAGUGGCGCGCUUACUACCAUGGCCGGCGAUUUUUGAUACUCCGGCGAUAGUUUCACAGUGGCGCACUCACUUCUCCCACUCUCUCUCCUGUUCAAUCUCCUCCUUCCGUUUCCCCAAAUACGCCGUGGUUUCGUUCUGCUCCAACUCUCUUAUCGCUUCCUCUGACUCUGAUGCACCCGAUAUCUCCCUCCCACAACCUCCUAAACAGGGAACUUUGAAGCCGGGGUUGUAUUUAGUAGGGACACCCAUUGGUAAUCUUGAGGAUAUCACAUUACGAGCGUUGCGGGUGCUGAAAUCAGCUGACAUGAUACUUUCUGAGGACACUAGACAUUCCAGAAAGUUGCUUCAGUAUUAUGGAAUCAAAACGCCCCUUAUGAGCUAUCACAAGUUUAACGAGUUUCAGAGAGGGCAAACUGUUUUGAAACGUUUACAAGAGGGUGAAAUUGUCGCUCUGAUUAGUGAUGCUGGGAUGCCUGGUAUUAGUGAUCCUGGAACAGAAUUGGUAAAGCUGUGUGUUGAAGAAAAUAUCAUUGUAGUUCCCAUCCCCGGAGCUUCAGCUGUUGUUUCUGCUCUCUCUGCCUCGGGUUUGCCAACUGAUGACUUCACCUUUGUUGGAUUUCUUCCUAAGCAUGCUGGGUCUAGAAGAGAGAGGCUCUUGCUCUCUGCCAACCAGAGUGCAACACAGAUUUUCUUUGUUCCCCCACACAAGCUACACCAGUUUCUUGAAGAAACUUCUUCAGUUUUUGGCGACUCAAGGAGAUGUGUCAUAGCUCGAGAAAUGACCAAAAUUCACGAAGAGUUUUGGCGUGGUACCUUGCAUGACGCUAAGGAGGCAUUUGUAUCUCGGAAACCAAAGGGAGAAAUGACACUUCUAAUAGAGGGAAAGGCCGUCUGCAUUGAUGAAGCUCCACCAGAUUCUCAGGUUGAGGAUGAACUCAGGGAGCUCAUAACAAAUGGGCAUAGUCUGUCAAUGGCUGUCAAGUUGGUUGCUGAAGGAACAUCAAGGAAAAGGAAGGAAGUUUAUGCACUUGCAUUAAGGAAAUUUGGGAAGCAACUUGUGGAAGAGGAAUGAAAUGGAGGAAAAGCAGAAACCAUUUUUUUUUUAAAAUAUUUGUUAAUGAGAACCUUCCGGCCUCAGAGCUAGAGAAAGAGGUAUUUUUUGCGCUACAAAAAUGCAGAAGGAUUCGUCGAAAUUCCUUUUCAAGGGUGCAAAUCAGUACAAAUCAGCUCCUUGAACUUGGUUGUUGAACUGAGAUACUAUCAUUUGUGGAAAAGUUCGUCAUGUGCUGUGAAGAUUUUGUUGCUGAUGCAAUAAAAAACGCGGUUGGUAGGAAGAUUAUAAGGUAAUUCCCUCUUGCAGAUAUCAGUCUUAUAGUGGCGCAUGGGAAAACAGAAUUGUCCCGUCACCUUUCCUUCACAUGUAAGUGGUCCAACAAUCCAGCUUCGAGUUUUAGACGUUCUACUAUAUCCUUCACUGCGGUAUUACUGAAGAUUACGACUCCUUUAAUUAGUCUUUCGAGUUAGUAUCAGUAGCAUUAAUAUAACACUGGGACCACGAUUUAGGACUUGAAAAAUUGAAGACUAACUCUAAGGUAUAUUAUAUACAUACUUGGCAUAUUUUUUAUGGCUUGAUGAUUAUCAAUAAUCUGAUAUUUUGGAGGGCAGUUAAGCAAUUAGAGCCAUUUAUUGCAGUUUUUUGGGUUGCAUUUGUGAAGUGGGCCCUUAGUUUGAAUGAUUGAUGAGAAUUGAGAAGAGAAGUCAAGCAAUUGGAGCCAUUUUGUACGACUAAUGUUCCUAAAUUAGGUUUUGUUUCCACAAUCUUGGAAUGUUAUAUCUUGAGUUACAAUUCUGUUGGAGUUCAUUUAAGUUCAAAUUUAUGUCUAUGUUUUGUUAUUUUCUUGGCUUUUCACUAGACUAGAGUGAUAUAACAAUGAGAUUCCGAGCAUAUCUGAUUGAAUAUCAAAACUCAUAUAUCUUCGCCCUCCUCUUGUGUUUUAUCUCAUGGUGAUUCUGUGAACCGUGCUUCUUGCUAUUUUGCAAGUAAAUAAUACGUAGCACAAUAUUUUUUGUUUUUA